AGACGUGGGUAUCCUCCACAACGUGAGACUGAGAUGCGUUUUAACUCAUCAGCUCAUCGCAUGUCCUUUAGGAGUUGGCAGGAUGGAGGGACAUAUGCGUGGAUUGCAGUAGAGAAGGAGGUGUUGAGGAAAAAACACUUGCGAUGUGAUUUCGUGUUGCAGCUCACAGGCCACAUGGUGUCAGUGUGUGCUAACGGUUGUGUUGCUCAGUCUAAACAGGCCCUGCCCAUCUCGGGAUCAUUUCUGAUGGAGAGUCUUUGCUGACGGUGUACACAUCGUAGGCUCUGUAUGUAGUAACAUACACAUCGUUUUAUAUAUUUGUGUAAAAGCGUCGAUUUGAGAGUCGUGAGGUGGAUCUAAUUAGACUGCUCUGGUGAGCAGUUGGAUCACUGUAUUUGCUUCACAGAAAACCUUCAUUUUUUUUGCUUCACAAUGGGAGAACGAGGACAAAGGCAGCGAGUGAACUGCUGCUGGGUUGCCGGGAUUGUGUUGCUGUGCUGUGUGGAGCGCAUUGUGGCCCAGUUAAGAUACUCCGUUCCGGAAGAAGUGCAGGUGGGAUCCUCUGUUGGAAAUGUGGCCAAGGAUUUAGGACUCGACAUCAGCACUUUGACAGACAGGCGGUUUCGUAUUGUUUCGGGGCCCAAUCACGCUCUCUUCCAGCUGAGUCAAAACAAUGGGGGGCUGUACAUUGGGAAAAAUGUGGACCGGGAAGAGCUCUGCGAAGGCAUCAAGGUUUGUUUGAUAAACCUGAAAAUUGUGGUGGAAAGUCCCCUGGAGAUACAUUACGUCGGUGUUGAAAUAACGGACGUUAAUGACCACUCACCGACGUUCCCAGAAAGCGAGCAGCGGCUGGAAAUAGCGGAGCACACUCCUCCAGGUACUCGUUUCCAAAUCCAUGCAGCCAGAGACCCUGAUGUCGGCGCACAGUCAGUCCGAUUAUAUAAACUGAGCCAGAAUGACUUUUUUGACAUCGAAAUCAGAGACAGCGAGGAAGAUAAGAUCCCGUUCUUAGUGCUGAAAAAGCCUCUGGACAGGGAGCAAAAGGCAGAACACCAUUUAGUGUUAACUGCUCUUGAUGGAGGCAGUCCGUCAAAAUCUGGGAGUCUGAAUUUAACGAUCACAGUGCUGGAUACAAAUGAUAACCGCCCUGUGUUCAGCAAAGAUAUAUAUACUGUGGUACUAGAUGAAAAUUCCCCGAUAGGAACUCUUGUGAUACAAUUAAAUGCUACAGACUUAGAUGAAGGUUUGAACAGUGAAAUUGAAUACAUGUUUGGAAAAACACAAAAGAAAAAAGUGCACGAAACAUUUGAAUUAGACAGCGUGACAGGGGAGAUUCAUUUAAAAGGGAACGUGGACUUCGAGGACACUGAAAUUUACAGAUUAGAUCUGCAGGCUUCAGAUAAAGGCCUGCCACCUUGGACAGCUGAGAGUAGAGUUGUAAUCAAAAUAAAAGAUGUAAACGAUAACAAGCCAGAUAUUGAAGUAACAUCACUGUCUAAUGUAGUCCCAGAAAACUCAAAGCCUGGCACUGUCAUCUCCCUCAUCAGUGUUACUGACAGAGAUUCUGGUCUUAAUGGAAAAGUUAUUUGUAAAAUCUCAGGUGAUGUUCCGUUUGAUCUGACGCCAUCCAUUGAAGAAAAUAUGUACUCUCUUGUCACAAAGGGGCGUUUAGAUCGAGAAACUGUGUCCCAUUAUGACAUCACAAUAACAGCUACUGACUGCGGUGAACCUCCACUUUCCACAGUGAAGACCCUGAGUGUCCAGGUGUCUGAUGUCAAUGACAACAAGCCGAUUUUCAGUCAGAAUCCCUUUGAACUCUACCUGGUAGAAAACAAUGCCCCGGGCGCUUCAAUAUUUUCAGUAAGCGCUGCUGAUAAAGACCUGAAUGAAAAUGCACUAAUAACAUAUCACAUUGUGAGAGGUGAUGGGCAGCACAGUGAUAUCACAUCUUUCCUCAGUGUCAAUUCAGAUAAUGGACACAUCACAGCAUUAAAAAGUUUUGACUUUGAGGUUCUGAAAACGUUCCAGUUUCAAGUUGUGGCCACAGAUUCUGGAACUCCGUCACUGAGCAGCAACGUCACAGUGAACGUGUUCAUUCUGGAUCAGAACGACAACGCUCCAGUCAUCCUGUAUCCAGUCAGCUCCAACGGUUCUGCUGAAGGUGUGGAGGAGAUUCCCCGCAAUGUGAACGCAGGACACUUGGUGACUAAAGUCAGAGCCUAUGACGCUGAUAUAGGAUAUAACGGCUGGUUACUCUUUUCACUGCAGGAAGUCACUGACCACAGUCUCUUUGGUUUGGACCGCUAUACAGGACAGAUCAGAACACUUCGCUCAUUCACAGAGACAGACGAGGCUGAGCAUAAACUGCUCAUACUGGUCAAAGACAAUGGGAACGUUUCUCUCUCAGCAACAGCUACUGUCAUUGUCAAACUGGUGGAGCCCAAAGAGGCUUUUGCUGCCUCUGAUGUUAAAAGUGCCACUAAAGUUGACGAGGAGGACAAUGUGACAUUUUAUCUGAUGAUAACUUUGGGCUCAGUCUCUGUACUUUUUAUCAUCAGUAUCAUCGUGCUGAUCGCGAUGCAGUGCUCCAAAUCCACAGACUAUACUUCUAAAUAUCUCCAAGAGACUAAUUAUGACGGGACUCUGUGUCACAGCAUCCAGUACAGAUCUGGAGACAAACGCUACAUGUUAGUUGGACCCAGAAUGAGUAUAGGAUCUACUAUAGUCCCUGGCAGCCAUGCUAAUACUCUAGUGCUCCCUGACAGGAGGAGGGGAUCUGGAGAGGUAAGAGUUUGA